AUGAUACUUCAUGCUGCUUCUGUAUGUGGUUCUUGUCCGAUUCCCCAGUGCUGCCUGUUUGAGGAUGACCUUUGCAAAUCUUUUGAAAUUUGUGUAAAUGAUGGACUAUUUGGGAGAUGUCAGCGAGUGCCAGUAUUAGAUAUCUAUAGAUAUGACAUUUCACCCCCUGUUCUUCAGCGCCUAAGGAUCAUCCUGGAGAAGCUCUCACAGAGAGGUUUUACCUGGCAAGAUGAUUAUACUCAGCAUGUUAUUGGUCAGGAACUCUCAACCAUUCACAAAAUCCAAAACAGACGCCCUGAUAUAUUUGCAUCUGAAGGAUCUGACACAGGAAGAACUUUGGGACAGAAUGCAGAUAAUGAAAGAAAUUACAAUCUGGAAAAUGAUGUGAACUUGGCCAAGUCUCUUCAGCAAUAUCUUAAAUAUCUUGGUAUUCUCUCCCAGUCUGCAGCUACAAAUUUGUAUCCAAGGAAGACGAAUGACAAAGCUUCUGUCAAGAGCUACAUCUAUAAUGAUCCUAUCAGGUACUACAUAAUGCAAAAACCCAAAGAAAGAGCAACUCCUUUGUCCCAUGCAUCAACAUCCCAUCAACAGCAUGCUGACAAUCUCCGUGGGAGGGCCUCCAACCCACAUCAGCCAGACAAGUUCUCGCCAGACUCAGAAAUGGAGCUUGACCAGAAAACACUAAUGGCUGCGCUGCACACAUACAUCACUCAAAACUUGUCAGCACAAAGCAAUGAUAAAAGCUCUCACAGCAGGACUAAAGGCUCUCAGAUAUAUGCUGAUAAAUUCUACUCUUCGCAAGUCAGUCCUUUUGAUGGAACUUUUGGCAAAGGAAAAGCAGAGGAUCUUAAAAUGAAGAAACUGAUUCAGCCAAGACCUGUAUCUGGAGUGCUGGGGCCAAGCCCUGAGAUGCUGAAUCAUAAAUCUGCUUCCAUGGACGAUCCAAAGGACCCUUUGAGUGUAGUGGAUGAGACACUUAUUAAAGAUGUCUUGAAGGACCUAGAGAAACACCAAGUAAAUGUGGAGAAUCUCAGCUCAACAGAACUGGAUGAGAUUGCUGAUACUAUUGCUAAUGCAAUUCAAACUGUUGGCAUUCAGGAAGAAAGAGAAGAGGGUGCUGGAAAAACUAAAGAAGACAAAACAGAAGCACAAAUGAAGACAGGAGAUGCUCAAAGAAGGGCAGAGGUUCAGACUGGAUUAGUGGAAAACACUGUUAAUAUACCAGACAAUGGAGUGCAUGAAGCCACUGCAAGAACUGAUAAAGAGAAUACUUCGAGACUAGUUAACUUCUUGAAUGAGAAUGCAUUACCUGAAAAUAUACCUGAAGACCUUACACCUGAAAAAUCUACUAAGACAGAAACCAAGAAAUCUGAAGACACUGGCUCUUCUUCCUCAGAAGAAAUAAAUGCUGGUGUGGAAGAUGUUAAGAGCGAGACUUUCACAAGGGAACUGACGGCCGUAAAGAACAGUGAAUCUGACUCCAGAGACCCGAAUGAAACCCGCUACUGGAUUAAGGAUGCUUUAAGGCAGGAUGGAAACUACCAUGAAAAGCCUCAGAAUAAUAUGGGACAAGGCUUACAACUUGAAGUGAAGUCUUCCGAGGAGAAAGAAUACGGCUACAUUGUAACUGUGAAAGACCCCCUGAGUGUGGAAAAGGGCUUGGAGUUAAUAAAGGAAGUGGCAGAUCUCCUGAAGCUGCAGAUGAGUGCCUUCGAUGAUGUCAAUGUGCUGGGACCAGCUGUGACCUUCAGAGUGCGCUCAAAUCUCGAAAACAUUUCAACCGCAGAUGUUGCCAAAGCAGCAGCCGUGAACAAAGACAAGCUUGAAAAAACAACUGGACUGAAAAUUCUGCAGACUGGUGUGGGGGAGAAAAACAACGUCCCGCCGCUCCCGCAGCGCAGGGAAGAGGCAGAGUCCGCCAAAUUCCUUCUUCUCACGCUCCUCUCCCUCGCCUGCAUCGCCGGGGUCCUGGCGGCCUCGGGGAUCGCCUACUGCCUCCGGCACCGCGCCCACCGCCGGCUGAAGGAGAAACUCUCGGCCCUCGGGGGCGACGCCGGCUCUGACGCCACCGCUGCUUACCAGGAGCUAUGUCGUCAGCGCAUGGCAGUGAAAGCAUCUGAUCGCCCGGAGCCCCUGCAUUCUUCUCGAAUAAAUAGCGUUUCUUCACAAUUUAGUGAUGGGCCCAUUCCCAGCCCCUCGGCCCGGAGCAGCACAUCAUCCUGGUGUGAGGAGCCGGUCCAGUCCAACAUGGACAUCUCCACCGGUCACAUGAUCUUGUCCUACAUGGAAGAUCAUCUGAAAAACAAGAAUCGUCUGGAGAAAGAGUGGGAAGCUCUGUGUGCUUAUCAGGCUGAACCCAAUGCCACCACUGUUGCAGAGCAGGAGGAAAAUAUCCAGAAGAAUCGCUCACGGGCUGUAGUACCAUAUGAUCAUUCCAGGAUAUGCCUGAAAGGUGAAAGUAGCCACGACAAUUCAGACUACAUCAAUGCUAGCCCAAUUAUGGACCAUGACCCCCGAAACCCUGCAUAUGUUGCCACCCAGGGCCCUCUUCCUGCUACUGUCGCUGACUUCUGGCAGAUGGUCUGGGAGAACGGCUGUGUCGUUAUUGUCAUGCUGACACCCCUCGUGGAAAACGGAGUCAAACAGUGCUACCACUAUUGGCCAGACGAAGGGUCAAACCUCUACCACAUCUAUGAGGUAAACCUUGUCUCUGAGCACAUCUGGUGCGAGGAUUUCCUCGUGAGGAGCUUCUACCUGAAGAACCUGCAGACAAAUGAGACACGCACAGUGACACAGUUCCACUUCCUCAGCUGGAAUGAUCAGAGGGUUCCUGCUUCCACAAGAUCACUUCUGGAUUUCCGCAGAAAAGUAAACAAGUGCUACAGGGGUCGCUCUUGUCCAGUAGUUGUUCAUUGCAGUGAUGGUGCGGGAAGAAGUGGAACCUACAUUCUAAUUGACAUGGUUCUCAAUAAAAUGGCCAAAGGUGCUAAAGAGAUUGAUAUUGCUGCUACCCUGGAGCACUUGAGGGACCAGAGACCAGGCAUGGUCCAGACAAAGGAGCAGUUUGAGUUUGCUUUGACAGCAGUUGCAGAGGAAGUGAAUGCAAUACUCAAGGCACUUCCCCACUUUGUGCCAUGAACGGAAGAAAAUCUGAACUAUGAGUAAAUAGGUUGCACAGUUGUUUCAACUCGGGAGAACAAGUUGGUCACACUAACGGGAAACCGGGGAAUAAUGAGCACAACUCUAGCCGUGUACCCACCACUGACAGCACACAAAAAGAGAGUGUAGACUUACCUCAGGUGAUGAGGAAAGGCCCUGUCAGCAGUCAGGUAAAUGUCUGGAGCUGUUAUGAAAACAAAUGGUUGAUUUUAUGGGAUUACUGAGGAAGAAAACGGGACUCUCGUCUUUAUAUUUUUGCAUAUUCCUCUGUAAAACUGUGCUGUGCCAUCCUUUUUAGCCAGGAAAAUAUAUUUCUCUGAAACCCCGGCUGAAGGAGAAAUCUGCAAUCUGCAUUUUAUGAUUCUCAUCAAGUUUGUCUGAUCCAGACGUUUGUUGCACCUUUCUGCUGAGGCUCUGCUUGCUCUUUGUUCUCAAUUAUACCUGUUUUAAUUAACCAUUAAGGGAUAAAGAAGCACACAGGUUGAAUUUCAGACAUUCUUGUGUUCUCAAAAUCCUAAUGCCUACUGUUGCAAAGUAAUGCUAAAAUAUGUCUGUAAAUGGUUUGGUUAUGCAAUCUUGCUUAUGUGAACUCACAGGUAUAGUUUUGGUACUCUUCUGAAGGAAUUUACAUUCUUGAUAGAAAGUACCCUGGUACGUUUAAGUGAAGAGCCUGAGAGUAAAAUUAUCAAAGGUACUUAAGUGAUCUAGGCUCUUAAUUUCAUUUUGAAAAAUGAAUACUUGGAUGCUUUUUCAUAUGUUAUCCUACAUCUCUGUGAUUUAAGAAUCUGGGGUGCUUUUUUUCUAAAAUCUUAAGAGUGUUGUGUGCUUGAAACCAUAUUAGGCUAACCGUUUGACUUUAGCACUGAAAAUAUAUCAUUGAAUUUCAUUCGGGAAGGGGAAGCUUUUAUAAACUUCUGAUCAGUGAAAUGUUAAAGAUAACAAUAUCACAGAGUUUUGCUGGCACGAGGUAAUAGGCAUCUAUCAAAAUCAACCAUUUUGUGUUGUAGGUGUGGAUAUUGGUGAUUUUUUCUUUUUAGCAAUUAAAAAGUUAUUAAAAAAAAAAUAAAAGCAGAAGGCUUGUUACUUUUUGCCAUGUGUUUUUUUAUGCCUUACUUGGUAUGUGCUGUUGCUUAAUUUGUGCAUUCCAUUACAAUAACAGUACAAAGCAGUUACUGCAGAUGCCAUCAUCCUCUUAAGUACACAUACUGUACAUUAAGCCACAUGUUUAUUUUAUGGCCUAAGCAUUUUAGAGCUUUCCUAGCAAUAACUAAAAAAACUAAUGGAGUAUAAAUGAGAAAAUUGCCUUUUUCAUUUGAUAAUUUAGGUUUAACAGGAUUCUUUUAUUACUUUAGCUAACAUAAAAUUGCAGAUCAGGGCAGAUGAGAUCAGUUUGAGCAGUAUCAGCAAGCGUGUGAAGUAGAUUUACUAUAAGCCAUGUACUGCAGCUUUCUGAAAAUACAGGUAGUUAUAUCCAAACAAACUGUCCAAAGAAUCAAAAUUAGAGCAUCCUAAGCCAACCUCUCCGAUUAUGGGGUGAAAUUAGUGCAAGAUGCCAUGCCAUUACCUACUGCCAAUGGUCUAAUGGGUUUUUAGCACAGAUUUCUGCCCUGGGAUUCAUUAGCGUUUGCCUUCUGACUGUCCCUGUGCACACCACAAACAUGGCUGACAAGCCUUUCGUUUGCACUUCAGGAAUAUUUUUUAAUUGUUCUUUUGCAAAUAUUUGCAUUUCAUAAUAGCAAUUUCAGGGUGAUCCCUAUUAAUUCACAAGCAGCUGUGUGUCGGACUUGAAUAUUGCUCUUCAUGCUUCGGAGUUUAUUUAGCAUAGAUUAGAGGGCAUUAAUCUUCCCCAAGGCUAAUGGGGCAGGGAUGUAUUGUUUUAUUCAUACUUGUAGACCAGUUUACACAACAGAAAGAUGCAGUCUUACUCAGAGGGUUAGAGUAUCUCCCACUGAAUGUCAUUGACAAUCCUGUUAGUUCAGCCAUGUUUUGUACAGUUCUUCCACAAAGAGGUGCCAGGUUUAUUCUGUUAACCAUAAACUAUCACACAGAGUAUUUCCUCUGUGUAUAGCAUAUUGUUCACACCUCUCAAUAAAUGCUCUGCUUCUGGGGGUGAUAAUCUGCUGCAGGGUCUGUUAGUGAAAUGCAGGUUUCAGUUGCACUGGGGCGAUCCGGAGGGGUUUUGACAGUCCAUUUCUUGGGAAGAUGCCAAAGCCAUGGAUGAAGCCACAGAGGUGGAUUUCUCAUGUAGGGCAGAUAUUUCUUUACCCUUUUCACUGCAGUUAACUUAAUCCUUGCGAUUUGGCGAAAGAUGUUAUUCAGGCCACCCCUGGUCACUUGGCUGGACAUGGGACCUGCCCUGAGUUCACUGGCAGGUUGUGUUGAGCUUCUUCCUGGAAGCCAGGAUCACCUGAGAGCCCAGGGACAAAUAAGACCUGCCGUCCUUCCCUGUUCAAUAUUCUGCUUGAUCUUUAGUGAACUCAUUGUAAUUGAAGCUUGGGCUGGUGCCUGACAUAUAGCCAUAAGCAGCAAUUGUUUAAUAUUGACCAUCCUUGCGUUCUUGAUAAAGACAAAUUGAAUCUACAGGUGCUGUUUGGGUGGUUAAAUCUUUAAAUUACAUUUAAGGGGGGGAGCUGCAGGAGGGCAAUUUAACCCCAGUGCUCACAGUUUUCUUCCUUGCUGGUCAAAGCCUGCAGCAGGGGGAGAAAACUCUGUUUUCCCACAGGCAUGGCAGCGAGCACGGCUGCUAUCCCUGAGCAAGGCCAUGGCCUGACCAGACUCCAUGCUUACAUAGUCACAGUGUGUGCAGAUAUGAGGGAUGGAGAGGUGGUUGUCACCAGCGUUGAUAGUUCAUAGAGCACAGUUGCUCUCUCCAGGCUUCGCCCUUCGCACAACAAGGGCCAGAAUUUAGAGGGAUGGAAGGGCAGGACAGCACUGUUCCCCAAAGCCCAGAUCCUUGAGGUUCAGCCCUCGCCACAGAGAAAACAAUGUGGGCUGUUGGCUUCACGUGUUUCAGGUGUGAGCUCUAACCAUUGCUCUUGACCACCAUCUGUGGGACCCAGUGCAGCCCAGGUAACAUCCAGUAGAAGUCCUUGGCCAUUGCGAAGACCAAGAAUGAAUUUCAGCAGAAAAUCCCAUAUCCAAAUCUCAAUCUAGUAGCAAAGCAAGCAAGAUUAUUUUUAUAGAUUUAAACAUUUGAAACUUUAACAUUUAAAACAUUUAAACUAAACAUUUAAAACACUUUUUAAAAUAUUUUUAAAAUCUACACCAGUGUCUAAACCUUGUUUCUGUCUCUAGCAUGCAUGCAGAACCAAUCUCCAUCCAUCCCCAGGGGAAUGACAGCUAUAGUACCUGUAAGGAGUUCAUGCUUUAUUAGUCAAGUGGAACAUUAAUAAAACCCAGCCCACUUCAUAAUUUCCAGAAUAGUCAUUAAUUAAAAAAACUGUUUAUUGGAAUGGAAAACAAGUAUUUUAUUAGCUUUGUUACAGAACAAUAGCUCUCCUAAUUUUUAUUCUGCAUAUUUUAUUCUUUCUUUAGAAAAUUCUCUUAAGAAGCAGUUGAGAUAAUUCGCUUUUUAAAACUGUACAGUUUCUAUGGUUUUGCUUUUUAAAUGACAGUACACUUUGUAGAUUUGAUUAUUAUAUUUUUCUGUUGAGAUUACAUUGGGCAUUACAAAAGCAUUCCCCACCACAGUGAAAAGAAAGCUAUCCUGUUGGUUUAUUGUAAAAGAAAAAAAAUAAUUAAAACAAAAUUGCAGAGCUGUGGCAUACUCAAUCCAAUUAGAGCAUGACUCUCUACUACUCUCCAUUUACCACAUUAGAAAUAAAGUUACACCAGCAAGAUUUCAUUUGAAGCUGUUCUUGCAUGCUGUUUGUACUGUAUUUGAUGGCAUAAUAUUGUUUUGUUUACAACCUUUUCUUUCUUGUCAUUCUAUUAUAUUCUUUAUAUGUAUAUAGUUUAAAAAAAAAGGAAAAAAAAGAUUAUACAAAGUAUUUUGUUCUACCUCUGUACAAAUCAUAUUUGUGAAUAAAGUCACACUGUCUGUGGAGUAUGGAAUUGUGAAUACAGCA